AUGGCUUUUUCUAAAAUGGAUAAAACUAAAAUCGAAGCCUUCUUCAUAUAUGAUGAAGAUAUAGAGAAGAUUGAUAAAUCAGUCACUGAUGAAGAGCUACAGGCGGAAAAGGUACUAUAUUACUAUCCUAAUGAAACACAUGAUAUGUCAAAGGUAGCACAUGCUAGUGCAAUGGAAGGAAUAUCAGCAUUUAUAAAACAGUUCAGCAAAUCCCAUUUAGAUCAUAUAAUAACUACAACAAAUUUAAUGGUUAUAGAAAGAUGGUAUAAACGUGUAUUUAUUACAAUAGUUGCAAAAAAUACAUGUAAAAAUAAUAAUAUGGAAAAUUUAGUAUGUAAAUUAUUACAUCAUAUUUUAAAAAACUUCAUUUCUAUAUUUACUUUGUUACAUGGUCAUAUACGUACCUUUCUCAAAUACAAGAAAUAUAGAACUUCAGAAAAUAUAAAUAAAAAAAAAUUAUUACAAAACAUUUUAGACGACUAUGUUUUCACAUAUAUAAACGCUAUUAACAAUGAGACAUUGAGCAUAUACAAUGAACUCCAAAGUUUUUAUAUGUUCCCUGUUGAAAACCAUAUUUACAUUACUGUUCAGAAUUUAAUUUCAUCACUAUCACUUACACAUAAGCGAAUAAAACAUGGAGCAUUAUUUUAUGAAGGAUAUUUUAUUUAUUCAAGUUUACCGUUGGAAGAAAUAAAAGUUAUUUACAAUUAUUUGGUUUCCUACAAUGGAAUAGUCAACAAUUUAAAGUUAAGCCAACACCCCUUUAAAAAGAUUGCAUCAUCUGCCGCUACCAAUACAAACGGCGGUCUGUCAAGCUUUGGGCGAUGCAACUCAGUAGAAGAUCAAAAUGGGUUUCUCCUAGGAAUUAAAAAAUCGUCUGUAUUUAUGCCAGUUAUAACAUUAACAGGAAAAAAAAAAUACAAACUAGUUGCAUUUAUAUUUAAGGGAAUAUUAAUAAUUUUAUUAAUCAAAGGUAGUGCAAUAAAGGAUGAAGAUUUUGAUAUUGUAAUAGAUAUACAAAAUAAAUGGAAAAAUGAAAAUAAAAGUAAUAUAUUUAAUUUAAACAGAUUAAAUGAUCAUUUACAAUUACAAUUUAAAAAAUACAUGAAUAGAGAUGAUGCUAUUAAAUAUUUUUAUUACAAUAAAAUUAACAAUUCUGUAAAAGCUUCAAAUAAUAAUAAAAAAAUUACCCCAGAAGAAUUACUUUUAGUAUCUCAUGUUCAUCAUCUGUUUGACACAUUUGAAACAAAACAAAAUAAAAUAAAACCGAAUAAAAUUAAAAAAUCAAAAACUGAGGAAAUCGAAAAAGAGUCAGAAACAGAAAAUAAACACAAAGAAACAGAAUUGUUCGUUGCUCAAAGUAGUGAUGAUAAGAUUGAUAAUACCCUUGGUGAAAAUGUGAAAACAACUGAGGUAGAUCAAAAAUCAGAAACGGGAACAAAGACAAAGGAUUCAUCCAAAGAAAAAGGUGAACCAACUGAACAGGACAAGAAUAAGCAGCCCGAACAAAUUGAAAGCAAUUCAAACAAAUCUACAAAUUUGUUCGAAAAAAAAGGUUCUAAUAUUAUAACCACAGAAACAGAAUCAAAUAGUCAGGUAGUUACAAAUAAUUCUACAUCUAUUAUAGAAAAAGAAGAACCAAAGAAUAACACCAAAACUAAUGAAACAACUGAAUACUCUCAAAAUAAAAAGCAAGAAAAAAAAAAAAUAAAACUUGUUUUUAACCCUGAAUUAAAUAAAAAAAUAUUUGAGGAUGUUAAUUAUGAUUUAAAAAUUAAAAAAUAUUUUUUUAAGGAAGCAAAUUCUCCAUGGCUAUUUGGAAAAAGAGAAAUGAAAAGAGAAAUUUUUAUGUUUCUCGAUGAUAAUAAAAUGUCUCUUACAAAAGCACAAAAUUCCGCCGAUCAAAUAAUAAAUAAUAAUUUUUCUAAUAUAUAUAUUUGA